AUGAGUUCAGGAUAUCCAGCUCCGCCCGUACACCACUCGCAAGCCUAUGCGCCCGAGAUGUCAGGCCCUUCCGCCCACCACCCGGGCUAUGCCCAGCUUCCUCCCCCAAUGUCUUUUAAUUAUCAACAAGAUCCUAUAACCAACCCUCACCGUGCAAACAUGCCUCCACCACGAACGAAUAUGGCUCCGCCCAAUAUGCCCGGUCCCAGAGAUCGUGCAGGCGAACUCGGUGCUACAGAGAACGGCGUGAACAAUUCCAGUUCUAAUUCAGUUUCGUCUAAACCUGGACCCGAGGAAAAGGACAAACCGGCUCCCCAGCCAAUCGAGGGUACCGACGCAACUAGGAAAUACAGACUUGAGGUGGUCCAACAACCUUUGAGAGCGAGAAUGUGCGGUUUUGGUGACAAGGACCGACGGCCUAUCACUCCCCCGCCCUGUAUCAGACUAGUAGUGAUGGAUAAGAUUACGGGUAAAGAAGUCGAUUGCAACGAGGUUGAACAUCAACAUUAUGUGUUACACGUGGAUCUUUGGUCCGAAAACGGAGACAAGGAAGUUAAUCUUGUCAAGCACUCUCAGCAGUCGCCGUCUAUUUCAUCUACGCAAGCUUCAUCUUUUCGGGAAGUGAUCGAAGGAAGCCAAGCGGGAGGUUAUGGAUACCAGUCCAUUGUGCCGUCAACCCGCGAAUACGCACAACAGGCUAACCCGGCUUACCCUCACGCAAUGCCUUCUUAUCAACCAGAUCCGUACGGUCAAGGUUAUGCUUAUCCACCGCAAGCCCAGGCAUACGGUUACCCUGGAAGCGGUUACCGGAAUGACAUGGUGCCGGGCGUGCCUCAAUUACCUUCUCAGCCAAUGUUUGGAGCCCGUUUCUCGCAGGACAUGGGACACCAGAUAACGCACAACCGUCUGAUGGGACCACAAUCGCCAAACGGCAUGUAUACGAGGAAUCUUAUCGGCAGCCUCGCAGCGAGCGCUUCGCGUCUUACGGACCCUACAGAUAAGAUUGGGAUUUGGUUCAUUUUACAGGAUUUGAGUGUCCGAACGGAAGGGUGGUUUAGAUUACGGUUUUCAUUUAUCAACCUACGACGGCCAGAUGCGAUACCCAAUGGUGGUAGCGACGCCGAACUCCUAAACAGAGGCAGGGCUCCAGUCCUAGCGCAGGUCUUCAGUGAAAAGUUCCAAGUAUAUUCAGCAAAGAAAUUCCCAGGUGUAUGCGAAAGUACCGCUCUCAGCAAAUGCUUUGCCGUGCAGGGUGUUAAAAUUCCGAUCAGAAAGGAUGGUCAGGAUGGAAAGGGGAGCAAAAGCCGAGGAUCAGAUGACGAAGACGAUAACUGA